UUUGGUGGGCGGGGCCGUGGCGGGCUCAAAUGGCGGCGGCGCUGGGCGCCUAGGCCGGCGGGGGCCAUGAGCGCCGCCCGGCCCCAGUUUAGCAUCGAUGAUGCCUUCGAGCUGACCCUGGAGGACGCGGGGCCUGAGCCCGAGUCCAGCGGGGUCGCCCGCUUCGGGCCGCUGCACUUCGAACGCCGGGCUCGGUUCGAGGUGGCUGAUGAAGACAAGCAGUCCCGGCUACGCUACCAGAACCUGGAAAAUGAUGAGGACGGAGCCCAGGCCUCUCCGGAGCCGGAUGGGGGAGUCAGCACCAGGGAUUCUGGGCACAUGUCUGUCCGCAGCUCGCAGUGGUCCUUCAGCACCAUCAGCAGCAGCACACAGCGCUCCUACAACGCCUGCUGCAGCUGGACCCAACAUCCUUUGAUCCAGAAAAACCGCCGGGUAGUGCUGGCCUCCUUCCUGCUUCUGCUGUUGGGGCUAGUGCUUAUCCUGGUCGGCGUGGGACUGGAGGUGGCCCCCUCUCCAGGUGUCUCCAGUGCCAUCUUCUUUGUGCCGGGCAUCCUGCUGUUAGUCCCAGGAGUCUACCAUGUGAUCUUCAUCUACUGCGCUGUCAAGGGCCGCCGGGGCUUCCAAUUCUUCUACCUGCCCUACUUUGAGAAGUGAGCUGCAACUGGCCAGUGGCUCACCAGUGAUCCAAGGCCUCAGGUCACCUCCACGUGUCCACAGGGUAUUCCUCCAACCUACACCUGGUUCUGUUCCUUUCACCUGGAAGGCAGAGGCCCCUGGGACCCUCACAACCACCAGGCCCCUUUGAAUUUGCUCAGGAAGUUUAGAGCAUGCCAGCCUGGGAAUAUUGCCUCUUACCUGAUGUGUGCCUUAACUUAUUCCUGGGUUCUGGACUCCUGGGUUGGUGUAAUUUUGUGCUAAUAAAAGGGUAAUUAUUUCCAACAAGGACAGUUGCACUUUCCUGGGCCAGCAAGCCUGGCCCAGCACACUAACGACCACAGUCCCCUCCUACAGAGGGACUGUGUGUAAAGGACCCACCUAGAGCUCUAGAGGACCACCAACUUCCCAAGGACAACCUGGAUGGCCUCAGGUGUGCCCAUGGUCACCAUUAUGCCCAGGGCAGAGCUGGAUGAAGUAGUCCCACCCUGUCUGCCUUCAUCCCUGAGGAGAUUCAACACUGCCCCCUAGCCAAGGGCACCAAGAAGUGAUGCAGGCACCAGGCCUAGAGGCUGGUACCCUGGUUCCUGCCUGGCUCUGUAGCACUAGGCAGUCAUGACUGUCACUAAAUGUGGGUCAUGUGCCCCUCUACACACCCACUGCCCUAUUUUCUAGACCCAGAGGUUGGGAGAAGCAGGGAGAGGAGGGGGUAGGAUCACGGCUUCUCAGCCGAGCAGCACAGUAACAAGGCGAUGCUUAGAGCCACCAACUGUUUGAAACAGUUCAAGUUCUUAGAAAAUUGGGGCCGCUAAUAAUGUCUGAAACUUAAAUAAACAAAAAUAAACAAAACCGAGAAUCUUUAA